AUGGCAAAAAAUGGAAAAGGAAAGAAGCUUACGGUUUAUUUCUCUCACGCUACCAUGAUGGAUAUGGUAUACUCUGCCCUUGGAUUAUUUAUUGAUGACAUACCUCUACGUAGUGAUUUUAGGAAUUCUGAGAGGAAGUGGAGAUCAUCAAAAACGUCUUGUUUUGCCGCCAAUUUAAUAGCAACUUUAAACAGUGGUUGUCCCUACAAAUACUUUGGUUCUAAAUCUUCAUACGACUCAAUCAGGGGCGAUAUAAGGGACUCAAUAUUAAAAUUAAAAGGAUGCAAGCCUAUUAGUAUAUGGGGUCUAUUUAGGCAUGGAAAAAGAUAUCCUUCAAUGAAUUUUGGGAGGAAAAUGGAGGAUGCGCUGGCUAUAAGAGAUUAUAUUAUUUCAAGUUAUGAAAAAGGACAUAGUUCUCUUUGCGCACAAGAUAUAGAGGACUUGAGGAAUUGGUCUAUAGAUGAAAAAAUAUUUAGUAAUUAUAACCAUCUUACUCCGGAAGGUUAUGAAGAAUUGUUGGGGAUUGGGAAACGGUUUAAAGAAGCUCUCCCGGCAUUGUUGGAAAAUUUAGAAAAGGAUAGCUAUAUUUUUCGUCCAGCUUUUGGAAUAUGGAUAGAAAAUAGUGCAAAAGCGUUUGUAAAAGGGCUUAAAAGCAGAAACGUACAUAUUGAUAACGCUCUAUCUGAAUCUGAUGUUAUGGCUCCCUAUCUGACAUGUGGAAAGUAUCAAAUGGAUGUCCUAAGAAACCCGAAUGUGUUUGCUGAGGCAGAAAAGUACAAAGCUAACCCGGACUAUCUGUCUGCUAAAGACAGAAUACAACGAAGAAGCGGUAUUGAUUAUAUUCUCACCGACACAAACAUCACAGCUUUAUACGAUCUCUGUCGCCAUACAUGGUCUGGAAUCAAAAAUAAGCUCAGCCCAUGGUGUGCACUUUUUACUAAAGAUGAUUUGCAGGUUUUAGAAUAUAUAGACGAUUUAAAAGCUUACUAUAAAAGCGGUUAUGGAUCACCUAAAAGUGAGGUAUUUGGCCACAUUCCAUUAACGGACUUAUUGAAUAACUUCCGAAGAACUAAAGACGGCGGAAAAAAGAAGAUCACAGCUUACUUUACGCAUGCAACUAUGUUAGAGAUGGUUUAUACAGCACUGGACUUAUUUAAGGAUAGUAAGCCUUUGAGCAGUGCCAAUAGAGAACGUGAACGUAAAUGGAGAACUAGUUUCAUGGCCGCUUGCGCUGUGAAUCUUGUUGCGGUUUUAAACAGAUGCGUGGACAACGAAGUGAGCGACUACAAUGUCGUCUUCUAUUUAAAUGAAGAACCUAUUAGAUCUAUCUGUGCAGAUGGAAUUUGUACAUGGAAGGAGUUUGAAGACAAAUUGUCACCAUUCUUAAAUACAACUAUUGAUUUCUGCGAGUUUAAGUCUGAACCAUAUUAA